AUGAUUCGCGUAGAAAUCGGCCUGUAUACUAUAGAGGGAAACUUAAAAGAAAAGACAGAAUGCGCCCCGACAAAUGGGUAUUAUUUUCUGCCGAUUUACGAACGCGGGGAGUACAUCAUAAAAGUCCAUCCUCCUGCUGGAUGGAGUUUUGAGCCUUCGCAAGUGGAAUUGCUAGUUGACGGUGAAUCGGACCAGUGUUCUAAUGGUCAAGAUAUAAACUUUUCUUUUAAUGGCUUCGGUAUUACGGGACGUGUUAUUACUGCUGUCAAUGGCGAUUUUCAUUUCACUCCUGUUAUUCCUGGAAAAUAUACACUGAAAGCAUCACAUCCAAAAUGGAAACUGGAACCAUCACAAGCAGUAGUCCAGUGUCUGGGGUCUAUAACAUCAUUUGGGAGCACAAUAAGUGGAAUAUAUGUGGUCCUGUACUCAAAAGAGGAAAAACCUAAAUUCCGCGUUGAAGGGUGCAAUACGGCCUUGUUGCAAGGUGUACCAGACUCUCCAAUAUGCCAUUUGAUUACGGAUGCAGCCGGGGAAUUUAAAUUUGGCCUGGUACCAGCUGGAGAAUACAAGCUGCUGGCAUUAUCAAAGACACCAGGAAAGCCUGACAUCAGCUACAAUAUUAAGCCUGACAGUGUACCAUUUAGUGUGCGACAUGACAAUAUUUAUAUAAAAAAUGCUUUUGAAGUGACUGGUUUCAAUAUUGUGGGUUCAGUUUUGAAUGCACCUGGUGGCGAUGGCUUAGCAGGUGUCCGUGUUUUGUCAGACGGGACACCAAUUGGUACGACCGAUGCUACGGGCAAGUUCACUUUACCUGCAUUGCUUCCAGGAGUCUACACACUUAGCUUUCAACACGAGAAGUGCGAAAUAGAGGAUGUCGCGUUGGCGGUAGGGGCUGCGGGCGUGAGCGCCGGAGCAGCGAGGGCUGUGGCCGCCCGCUGGCGCGUGUGCGGCGCGGUGAGCCCGCCCGAGGCGAAGCCCCGUCGCGUGCUGAUCGCGGCCGGGGACUCCGCCCCCCUCCACGUCACGUCCGGCGACGACGGCACCUGGUGUACCUUCCUAGCUCCGGGUACCUACACUGCUAAGGUUGAAGUUUCUGAACAAGAGCUGCGAGAUGGACUACAGUGGUACCCCACAACGCAGACGGUGGCGGUGGCGGCGGGCGGCGCGGCCGAGGUGCGCUUCUCGCAGGUGCGCGCGCGAGUGCACGGGCGCGUGGCGGCCGGCGCGCCCCACGCCCACGCCCACGCCCACGCCCAAUCCCACGCCCACGGCCUGCGCGUGCGGCUGCGAGCGCUCGCGCCCGACGGCGGCUACGCGCCGCGUGCCACGCCCGACCUCGUCGCGCUCACCGACGCCAAGGGCGAAUACGAGUUCACGGACGUGGUGCCGGGCAGCGUGGAGGUGUCCGUCGAGGAGGGGCGGCUGUGCUGGGCGGAGGCGAGCCACAACGUGGCCGUGGCGGCGGACACCGCCCGCGUGCCCGACUUCCGGCAGACCGGCUUCGCGGUCUUCGUGGAGACCGACCACGACCUCGAGGUGGCGUACGAGUCGCGCGGCGGCCGCGGCGAGCUGCGGGCGCGCGCCGGCCGCAGCCGCCACUGCCUGCCCUCGCCGGAGCGCUACACGCUGACGCCGCGCGGCUGCCACCGCUACCGCCCGCCCACGGCGCUGGUGGACCUCACCGCCGCCGCCACCGCCGACACCGUGCCGUCGGUGCAGUUCGAGAUAGUAGCCCAAGCCGCUCUGAUCCGGGUGACCUCGCCGGACCCCGUGACGGAUCUGAUGUUGCACGUAGAAACGGACUUCGAGGGCAGUAUGGACAUUGGACCUCUAACGCCUGUAGCGGACCCCAAGGAGGGCUAUGUGUUUGAGCACACCUUAUUUUUGGCUGAAGGCGAGACGGCGCUGGUGUCGGCGUCGUCGGCGACGCUGGUGCUGGGCGGGGGCGGGGGCGGGGGCGGUGGGGGCGUCGGGGGCGGGGGGCGGGUGCGGGGCGGCCACUGCGGCGCCCCCGCGGCCACGCUGCGCGCCGCCAGGGGGCUCGUGCUCGCCGGCAGGCUGCUGCCGCCCGUGGCCGGGGCCCUCGUCACGCUGCACUGCGACGACUGCGACCUCCAGCUGACCCAAGUGACGGAGGCGAACGGCGAGUACAAAUUCGGGCCUCUGGACGCGUCGAAGCACUACACGAUCGCCGCCGAGAAGGAUUCGUACGUGUUCGAGGCGCCGGACGUGGAGGGCAACAUCGCCGCGCACAAGCUGGCCGAGAUCGCCGUCCAGCUGGUGGACGAAUCCGACGGCUCCCCCCUGGAGGGCGCGCCGGUGUCGGUGAGCGGCGGCGAGUACCGGCGCACGGCGGCGUCGGCCGCGGACGGGCGGCUGCGCUUCGGCUCGCUGCCGCCCGCGCUCUACUACGUGCGGCCGCACCUCAAGGAGUACCGGCUGCGGCCGCCGCACGCCACGCUGCGGCUCGACGACGGCGCCGCGCACGACCUCCUCUUCAGCAUCGCACAACUCGGCCUUGCAGGGGCGUGCGCGUGGCGUGGUCGGCGUCGGGGCGCGUGGUGUCGCUGGGGGGCGCCGGCGUGGGCGGCGUGGCGCUGCGGGCGCGCCCCCUGCCCCCCACCGCCCCCUCCCGCCACCUCCGCCCCCUCCGCCCCCUCCGCCCCCUGCACGCCGCAGGACGCCACCGCGGCGCCGGAUGCCACCUUCAGGAUAAGAGGCCUUAUUCCAAAGUGUUUAUACAAGAUUGAGUUGAAGGAAUCCUCUGUACCCGAAUUGAGUGGGUUGAAAAUCGUGAAGGCGCCAUCUGUUAUAGAGAUGGGCGAGAGCGACGUGGAGGGGCUGCGGCUGGUGGUGGUACGAGCGCCUCUGCUGACGGACGGCGCCGUGCUGGUGCGCGCCGCCGAGCACUCGCAGCUGCGCACGCUGCGCCUCUCGCUGCGCCCGCUGGGGGGCGAGGGGGGCGAGGGCGGCGAGGGGGGCGAGGGGGGCGAGGGCGGCGAGGGCGGCGAGGGGCGGGGGGCGCGCACGCCCCUCGCGCUGCCGCCGCCGCCCCCCGCGCCCGCGCCCCCCGCGCUGCUCGUGCCGCUGCCCCGGCUGCCCGCCGACAACGCCAGCUACGAGCUACGCCUCGAGUCCACCCUCUCGAGGGCUACGCACGCCUACGAGGAGGAGACGGUACAAUUCGUAGCCGACGGCCGGUACAAGGCGCUGGAGAUCGAGUUUAUGCCUAAGGUGCGCUCCUCGGAGCAGGAGCUGGGCGCCAGCUCGGCGCUGCUGCUGCCGUGCGCCUGCCUGGUGCUGCUGGCCGUGGGGCAGCGCGCCCGCCUGCGCCUGGCGCUGGCCCAGGGCUCCGCCCGCCUGGUCGCGGCCGCCACAGGCGCCGCUAGAAGGAGCGCCCGCAAGAAGGCCCAG